AUGGAAGAAACGCUUAAGGCUCUCGUUCAUCAGAGAGGGGCAGUAAGGGGGAAACUGACGCGAGUGAAGAACGCACUUGUGCACUGUGAUGCCGUUCCUAACCCGAACAUUAGAAACGUACACUUUCUGAAGUUGUAUGCGAAAACUGUUGAGAACUGUUAUAGUGAAUACAACGCAUUUCAAAACCUAAUACAUGCCCUUCCCCUCUCUAAUGAACGACGAUGCGAAAAAGAAGAGCGUUAUGUGGAGUUCGAAGCUCUUUAUAACGAGCUCACGAUUCAGCUGAGCACCCUGUUAGAAGAGUUAAUACCGAAGCCGGAGAUGCUGCCCCCGGAUCCUCCUGCUGGUGGAAAUACUAUUGCACCUGUAGCUCCUGUGCUCGUCCCUCAGCAUUUCAUUACUCCAUUGGCCGUUCCUCUACCUACCUUCGAUGGGACGUACGAAGCUUGGUACUCCUUUAAGUCCAUGUUCCAAAACGUAAUGGCACGAUACGCAACGGAAACACCUGCAAUCAAACUAUAUCAACUCCGGAGCGCUUUGGUUGGAAAGGCAGCUGGAGUAAUCGAUCAAGAUAUCAUCAAUAACGGUGAUUAUGAAGCUGCUUGGGCUAUUCUAACUGACCGAUUUGAAGACAAGCGAUUGAUUAUCGACAAACACAUCGAGGCCAUCUUUUCUCUGCCGAAACUUGCAAAAGAUAAUUCGAUUGAACUGCGGAAACUUGUCGACGCCUGUGUGAAAAACGUUCAGGCACUCGAAAAUCUGGAACUCGAAGUCGAUGGUUUGGGUGAGCAAAUGCUCAUUAAUCAGCUAGCAUCGAAGAUGGAUCGAGACACACGUAAAGUGUGGGAAACAAGGCAGGACCCGGGGGAGCUGCCAUCAUAUAUGGAUACAAUUGAGUUCCUGAAGCAACGCUGCAGAAUCAUGGAAAAGGUGGAAACGAACAGUGCUAAAGUAGAGAUCCCGAAGCCGGUACGACCGGUGAACAAAUCGAAGACUCUAGUGACUACAAAUGAACUACAGUGUACAAUGUGUAACAAUACACACGAACUCUAUAAGUGCGAUGAAUUUGAAAAGAAGAAUAUUAGUGAGAAAUAUAAUCUGCUUCGAAGGUCUGGCUCCUGUUUCAAUUACCUUGGAAAGGGGCAUCGUACAACUGAUUGCGCCUCCUCGAGUACGUGCCGAAAAUGCAACAAAAGACACCAUACGUUGCUGCAUCCGGUGGAAACCAAAGCAGAACAAGUAGUGAACCCGACACCCACGACGAAGUCAGCAGGAGAAAGCGAUUCCCGCUCUGAAUCGACAACGGACAACGUCACUUCCGUUGAAACGAAGCACAAGAAUCAAAACGUGGUUCUUUGUGUGUCAUCAGAUCUUCAAAAUAAGCAGACUCUUCUAACUAUCGCUGUGGUACUAGUAUAUGACUACGGUAGUAAUCUCCAUCCGUGCAGAACGCUUAUCGACUCAUGCUCCCAGAACCACUUUGUGGCUGAACGAUUUGCCAUGCAGCUGGCGCUCAAGAAGUACCGUGUCGACUAUCAAGUCAGUGGAUUGAAUGGAGGCAUUACACGAAUCCACAACGUAGUGCGUGCUACAGUGAAGUCUCGCGUCACCAGCUUUUCGACCGAGCUUGAACUAUUGAUAGCUCCAAAGAUCACAACUGAUAUGCCAGCGAGAUCGUUUGACGUGACGAACUGGAGCCUUCCAACCCACGUUGAGCUCGCAGACCCCAACUUCAACAAGCGGGGUCGAAUUGACAUGCUGCUGGGAGCAGAAAUCUUCUGGGAUCUUAUUAAGACAGAACGAAUCAUCCUUUCGGAGAAUCUACCUUCGCUUAGAAGCACCGAACUAGGAUGGGUGAUCGGAGGAGUGAUUUCCGAACAUACACCUGUUAUAGCCCGCACAUUUUGCAGCGUCGUCGAACGAGACGAUUUCAGAGACUUAUUGAAACGAUUUUGGGAGAUAGAAGGUGCCCAGGAUCUGCACCAAGAUUCCACUACGACUACCGACGAGUGCAUCCAGCAUUUCCAGAACACUUUUCAACGUAUGCCUGAUGGGAGAUUCUUAGUCCGACUUCCAUUUAACGAGCGAAAGAGCGAACUGGGAGAAUCGCUCCAGAUGGCAACCCGACGUUUUCUUACCCUCGAACGACGCUUGGAUCAAAGACCCGAAUUGAAAGCUGAAUAUGCCACAUUUAUCCACGACUACGAGUGA